CAUAAAAAUGUCAGUCUUUGCCAUAAUAUUGAUAUUAUUUUCUUCGACGUCCGCGUACGUUUUGGAAGAAGAAUGCCUUAACUACACAGUCUACCCAGUCCAAUACGAAUUGACCCUUAUUCCACAUAUAUAUAAAGAUGGAAAUUCAUAUUAUGACUGUGAUAUAGUUAUUACAGUAAUCGCAAAUGGACCGAAUGUUAAUAUUAUUGAGUUAGAUGCAAAAGAUUUGGAAUUUAAACGUGAGUCCAUACAAGUUUUGGAUGGAAAUGUGAAUUUGGUGAACGCACAUAGACCUUAUGAGUUUGACAAUAGUAGAGGCAAUUUGUUUAUAUAUUUGAGAGAACCUCUUAAGCAGUACAGUUUGUCAAGAAAACAGUAUUUCAUAAAAAUCUCUUUUAUCAAGAGAGUGAGUUCGGAGAGCGACGGAAUUUUUCUUGUAGAAUAUGAUGGGGAUGAUGGGAAACCAAAGUACCUCUUCACGACUCGUCUUUCACCGAACAAGGCCAAAUAUUUCUUCCCGUGCUUCGACAAUCCUCUAUUCGAGGCGGUCUUCAAGUUCAAAGUUUAUGUGACGUCAACUCAUCCCAGCCUGCAGUACUGUAACACGAGCCUCGUGAUUGCUGAGGAACUGAAACGUCAAAGCUCUUCAAACAGCUAUACGAUCAUCGAAUACAUACCUUCGCCCCAAGUAGCACUCUAUCAGGUUGGCUUCCACCAUUCCGAAUUCGGCAGUCAACAGAACACAGUAAAAAGAAACAACGAUAGUCUUAAAAUCUGGGCACAAGGGCCUUCCCUGAAGCAUUAUGAGUUCAUAUUGGUUUAUGGUGAAACAAUCAUCAAUUUGAUUUAUCAAUAUGCAGGAGUUGAUCGGCCUCUUGUGAACGGACCGAUAAAUGUUGUUGCUGUUCCGAAAAUAUUACAUGGAUAUGAAAUCGGAAGCUGGAAUUUGUUAACUAACAGUGACACGAAAUUAGCUUACAUAAACGAUUUGACAAGCAUAAAGCAGAUGGAACAAAUGAAGUUUGAGCUAGCUCAACAGUUGAGUCGGAUAUGGUUGGGUAACCCAGGUGAGGUGCAGCGCACACGUUGGAAAGAGGAAUGGUUCAAAGAAGGCGUUGCCGGCUACUUAGCUUAUUACUUGCUGACUCAGUAUAACGACGGGAUGGUAUCAUACAAACAAAGAUUGCCGAUCGACAUGUAUGGGUUGGAAAUGAAGCACAAAGCGAUGGCAGUAGAUUGGACUCACACAACACCAGCUCUGGCUUCCUUCAACAGAACAUUAGCUAUAGAUAUACCAAAGAGAUAUAAAGAACUGGUGACAAUGAAGACAGCAUCGUUGUUAUGGAUGGUUGAGAACUGGCUUGGGUCAGAAAAGUUUCACCAAGCUUUGGUUAACUAUAUUAACAGCAGGAGAGGCCAAUAUAUAUCCUUGAUAGACUUCAUGGUGAGCCUGGAUCAUGACACAGUGGAUUGCUUCCACCAGUUCUUCAACGGGUCUACUUCAUCGAGGGUUUUGAAUUCCUGGUUCCAUCAGUCUGGUUACCCUGUGGUUAAUGUUCUGGUGUUGAGAGACAGAACGCCAAAUGCUGUGCAAUUGAAACAGGUAAAAUUCAGUUUCGUCGAAAAAGACAGAUUCGACUCUAACUACCUGAUACCUAUCUCGUACAUCGUUCAACACAACCAGAACUGUUUCAACUGUUUCCAACCGAGAUUCACUAUAGGAGGCCAGACAUACACCUUCCGGGAAAAUCUCGAUGGUGGUUGGAUUAUUUUGAACAGGAAUGCUUCAGGAUAUUAUAGAGUUAAUUACGACGAAGAAACGUGGAGAUUGAUUGCAAAGGCGUUGCAGGACGAUCACACGUCUAUAAAUGAACUGAAUAGAGCACAAAUAGUUAACGACGUGUUCGCGUUAUACGCGGCAAGUAACUUGCGUGAAGACAUCGCGCUAGAAGUACUGGAUUAUUUGAAUAAAGAACUCAGUCAUGUAGUUUGGGACUCUGUAGUAACUGGCUUUGAUCUACUGCAGACAGAAGGCGUUAAGAUGACCAGAGCGUUGUAUGAAGAAUGGAAGCAAUUCAUGAGAAACAAAGUGUCCGUGAUAUACAAGAGAUUGACUAUGAAUCUGGAGCAGCACAGCAACAUAAGGCUGUUCAGAAGUACUAUAGUACAGUUUGCGUGCGCUGUCGGCUCCGCACCGUGCUUGAAAGAGAUGAACGCACACUACCGGGAAUAUAGGCAUUCAAAUAAGAGACUCAAUCCAGACUAUCGUGAAACAUGCUAUUACUCGGCCCUUAGUAGUGGGAAAAGCGAUGUUGGUGCAAAUUUGAACAGAUAUGAAAUUGAAGACAAAACCAUCGCUGAGCAUAGAUGGCGAUUGGAAAAUAAAUUUCUGUACAGAAUUCCAAAAGGAGAACCAAAACCUCUUCCAUACAUGAAAUCUACUACAACUACAACAACCGAGAUUGCAAUCAUUUCAACUGCGGAAACAACAAGCAAAGGUCAAUCAAUUAUUCCAUUCUCUCCAAUAUUUAUUGGAUUCAUUUCAAUAUUAAUGUUAACAUAAGUGGUUAUUUUAUAUUAUUUAUAGGAAUCAAUUAUCUUUUAAGCAUCACUGAAAACACUGCCCUAUGUAUAGAAUAUUAUUGAAGACUAAUAUAGUAUA